AUGGCAUCGACAGCUCCCUUCAAACGCAAGCGCUCUGGCGAAGACGUAAUUUCGACUGUAUCCAAACGAGUACUCCGCCCAAGAUCUGCUCCCGAAAUGACCACAAUAGUCAUUCAGCCAGCUUCAAUUUCGAAGACUCGGGUCAAGAGAUCUAUCGCAAAGAGAACAGCACCUACCCUACCAACGACCACAAAUCCAAGCUCCAACCUCCUUCUCCAGAAGGACCAGAUCAUCGAACAACUGCGACUCGAACUUGCCGAAGCACACAAUGAACUCGCCAAAACACAAAGAAGGCUGGAAGAGGUCGAGAAACGGCUUCCAAAGCCAGCCACCGCUGUAUAA